AUGGUGCGCGGUGUUUUUGGCACAACUUUGAUCGAUUCUGACGAAGCCACGGCACGUAAGAAGAAUGAAUACACCGGUCGACCUGUAAAGCCAGAGGAAACCUUGAAUUCCAAACUGCACUCUCGAGAUACAAAUCCUGAUCAUAACAAAGCAAAUGGCAGGAAAGGCCGAAAGCGCGAACAAUUUACUUUUGCGUAUUGGGAGUCGUCCGAAAAUGAGAAAGCACGCUAUGAGGCAGAGUAUAAAAGACGCGAGGGACGGAAGAUACGUGAUGCACAAGAUGAGACCCGGAGACGGGCUGCUCAAGCCAGGCGGAAGACUGGCUGA